AUGUCCCAUCAACACACACUGCCAGUGACUGCUCCAGCUGUGGUACAAGAAUCUCUCAAGACUGUGUGUUCUCCAGUUCAUACCCAGCAGGAACAAACAAAGCAACCCACCCCACAUCCCGCACAAGGCCAGGUCUUCACCGAGCCUCAAGAGAAGGGCUUUCCCAAACAUGUGGAGAAGGGGACAAACCCUGUGAAGGAUCUGCCUGAGCCAGAGUGUGAGCACCACCAGCAGCCAGGACUACAAAAGCAGCAGCUGCAGGUGGAAAAGCCACAGCAGGAGCUGCAGGAACAGGAACUGCAUCUGGAGAAGCAGCAGCCACCAAAGGAGCCCCAGGGGCUCCUGUGCCUGGGACAGCAACAGCAGCAUGAGCUGCAAGAGCAAAAACAGCACCUCAGACAGCAGCAGCAGCCACAGGAGCAGGAUCUGCACCUGGGACAGAAGCAGAAGCAACAGCAACUACAAGAACAAGAGCUUCCAUUAGGACAGCACCAGAAGCAGAAGCUGCAUGACCCAGAACUGCACCUGGGAAAGCAGCAGCAGCAGGAGUCACAUGACCCAGAACUGCACCUGGGAAAGCAGCAGCAGCAACAGGAGUCAAAUAACCCAGAACUGCACCUGGGAAAGCAGCAGCAGCAGGAGUCACAUAACCCAGAACUGCACCUGGGAAAGCAGAAGCAGCAGGAGUCACAUAACCCAGAGCUGCACCUGGGAAAGCAGCAGCAGCAGCAGGAGUCACAUAACCCAGAGCUGCACCUGGGAAAGCAGCAGCAGCAGGAGUCACAUGACCCAGACCUGAACCAGGGAAAGCAGCAGCAGCAGGAGUCACGUGACCCAGAACUGAACCUUGGAAAGCAGCAGCAGCAGGAGUCACAUGAGCCAGAACUGCAAUUGGGAGAGAAGCAGCAUCAAGAGACUGAGGACCCAGAACUACACCUGGGAAAGCAGCAGGCGUCACAUGAACCAGAUAUGGCAGUGAAUCAGAAAGAGAAACAGAAACUUCGUGAGCCAGAACUGCACCUGGGAAAGCAGCAGCCGCAACAGAGAGAGCACGAAGGCUAUCAAAGCUUGGUUCAGUCUCUUAAGCAAGAGAAAGCUUCAAGGGAGCAGAAGCUAGAUGACUCACACCUAGGAGAGGAGAAGGAACUCUUGGACCAGCCACUGGAUCAAGAACUUGUAAAGAAGGAUGAUCAACUGGAAAGGAAGAAGCACGAAUUGGGGAACCUGACACAGCAGGAGAUAGUGCAAUUAGUACCAAGCACUGACCAAAUCCAAGAGACUAAGCCAGUCCAACCAGUGAAAGGAGAAGACUUGCUCACUACAGAGAAGCAGCAGAAGAACCAUAAAGUGCAGUGA